CUCCUAUGCAGCCGCCCACUGACGAUUUUUCGGUUUGCCAACCAACCGGUAAUGUCUCCACACCAACAGAAUCCACCUUGCUGCUGUUAUGACAUUGCGCUUAAGAACAUCAUAAAUCCUCUACUACAGCAAGAUGUGUUGUUCCUGGGAAGCGGCCGUCUUAUAUGCGAAUCGCUUUCAGAUGUGACUGGAUAGCUACCGCUCGGAAAUGUUUGGAGGGCGAGCCACCCCCAAGCCACAUAGCAACAUUCUAUGUUCAAGAAGAAACUAUUAAAUUCCCCCUUGCCGGAAUAGAGCCUUCCAGCCGUGUCGCUGAAUUCUAUGGAGAACAACUCGCCGAGGUCAAGAGAUCUAGGCUGAGAGAGAAACGAAAGGAGCUCUACAGAAGAUUCAGAGCUAGAGUCGUUGCUGCUCAUGUUGCUGUGGAGAAUGUAGGAGUACCGGCUGGGACGGUUUCGACACUUAAAACAAGCUUGGCUCACUUGGAUGUAGCGCUGGGCUGCAUGACGGAUUUGAUAGAGUACGACAUGGAGCAUCCAAUCCAUUGGUCAGAGGUAUUCCCGGCGGAGGAUACCCAAAGCCAAUUAUCGUCAAGUGAGCUCUGGCUUCAUUUCAAGCUGGAAAGUAUUAGGCCAUGUCUUGUUUUCCUAGUGCGGCUCUUAUGGCGAAUACUUCCAAAACAUGCGGAUACGUGGCGUGAAUGCGAAGAAAGCCUAACAAACAAACACUGGAUAGUUCAGUUUAUUCUGGAUUCACCGAGGCUUCCGAGCAAAUCCACAUCGACAUCACCGGCGCGUUCCCCAGGAAUUGCCCUGUCACCUUAGCAGGGUAGCUGGCUAGUACCUACCAGCUUCCACAGUAAUAAAAACAAUCAUGGGGCUCGGCUCUGGUGGCUUUGGUGAAGAGAUCAAGAAUCCUAUGUGGCUACCUAAGUUAAAUACGGUUAGUUCUCUGCAUACCUCAUAUAACCUAGACGGAGGUUGGUACUAAUAAGCGUUGUAAAAAGGAAGAUAGGAGGUCUGAUUGCAAGUUACGGUUGAAAAGGUGAAUACACAUUGAUUUAUGUGGGGGUAUUCAUUCAUUGGGCUGUUACUGGAUUUAAAAACGAACCAGCAACCUUGAAGUUUAUGAAGUUUAUAAAUCACAAGGAUUAUCUCCUAGCUACAUGCCUCUAUGUACCUCCUAGGGUAUGUCUAGGUUAGGUAGGUAGUGUUAGGUACAAUACUUACCUACCUGACCUUACCUACCUAGUAUUUUACUAAUAAGGUUAUUCUUUUAUCGCGUAUAGUCUCCACUUACCCCAGAUUCUACUGGGAGAAUUCAACUUCUGAAUUCACGCGA